AUGGGGUUCAUUAACGGCGCAGACUUGGGCGAACACUGGCCUGCACUGGCGCAGCAGGCAUUCAUGGCGGGAACGUGUCGGGCAGGACAGAGUAUUUCUGAGUGGUGCUCGCAACUGCAGGAUCAGUGUUGCGGUGUGAUCUGUCCGAAUGCCCCAUUCACCGGUCCCGGUACCAUAAUCGUCUUCACAGUCGGCACCUUCUUCAACCUCCUGUGGUGCUUGACAUGGAAGAGCGAGGCGACCUACAACCUCUUCUUCCAGCUCCUCGGCGCAGACGCUGCCGCGGUCGGUCUCGCAGUCCGACUAGCGACCGAGAAGAACCGCCUCACCGCCUUCCACGUCUCGUGGCUCCCCUUCAUGCUCUGCUCGAUCGUCCCCAUCGCCAUCGCUACGUGCACAGUCGAAAAGGAGUACCUGCACAACAUCUCGUAUCCGGCACGCCUUGCGCUGCGCCGUCGAUUGCUGGCAGAGAUGCCGCCAGUCGAGAUGGGUCGACGGCAUUCGGCGCCAGAGAGCGCGGCAGAGCGCAGGCAAGCGGAGGAUGAUCUCGCGUUGCAGAAGGAGCGCCGGAUGUGGAUUGACGAGGUGAUGAAGAACAAGCCGCUGCUUCCGCCGUUUGUCGCCUUCUUUUUCCUCGCUCACCUGAUCGGCUGGACGAUCCUCUUCAUCUUCGCCUACUUCUUCCACCGCAACCCUUUCCAGGCGAACUGCCUCGACAAGCUCCCCCUCCGGCAGUACAGCAUCAUCCUCGGCUGUUUGACGGCCGCCUCCCUCCUUCUGGCCUACUUCUUCGCCUACCUCCUCAUCCGCAUCACCACGGCUGCUCGACGGCGUGAAGAUGCGGCGCGCAAGGCGCAGAAGGAACACAAGAAGAUGCCGAAGGAGAAGCUGACGCCGGAUCGUGACGUUCUCGUCUAUCUCGCCGACCUCCUUCACCUUCGACGCGUGCGCGAGAUGGUUGAGCCGACGGGACACGGCUGGUCCAAGGAGCGCGAGAUGAUCCGCUUCGUCUUGUGCUACGGCAUCUUUUUCAUCUGGGCGAUCUGCUUUAUUGCUCUCUACAUCAGCGCUCUUAAGGACUUCCUCCUAAUCGGCAACAAUCCGUUCGACUACGGGCAGGUUGCAGCAUGCGUCAACAUCAUCGUCCCCGUCGCCAUCGUCGCCCGCAUCGGGAUUGAGCAGUAUCUGGGCUGGCACGCCGAGAAGGAGGCCAAGAAGGGCUGGCGACGACCUCUCACAAACGCCUCUCGACCCGGACGCGCUCUUCCCGCGCUCCGCCUCAACACGACGGCCAAGCCGAACGUCCACGAAUUCGCCGGCGCGAAGAAGCUCGAGGCGGACGUCCAGAUCAAGCGGGUUGUAGCGCGUUGCCUGUAUUGCACCAGCUCUCGACCGAAUCUUUCGAAGUCUCGCCGCCGCGUAUUCCCGCAAGAUCGAUGCCAAGGCGAAAACUCCCGCAAAGGCGUCCGCAUGGUCGAACUAGCCGCCCACGCACGAACACAGCCUGCAUCGGCGAACGACGAGGAGGAGAAGGUCGUCCGCGGAUGUUCCGGCGCCGCCCCCGCCCAGCUCUCUCCCUCUCGCAAACUCUUCACGGCAGUACAGGCCCGCAACUAUGUGGGCGGCCCAGGAUGUCUCUGCCAGGUCAUCCCAAUCACCGGACCCGGAACCGUCUUCGCCGCCAUCUUCGGCUCGCUCAUGAACCUGUGCAUGGCGCUCAACUGGCGCUCGGAAACGUCGUACACGCUUGCCGUCCAGCUCCUCGCUGCCGACGGCGCCGUCAUCUCGCUCAUCGACCGUUACUUCGAGCCCAAGAACCGAUUGUCGCUCUUCCACUUCUGCUGGGUACCCAUGACGGUGCUUUCGUGCAUUCCCAUCGUGGUCGGGAUGUCGAUCACCCGUCUUCGUUACGUCCACGGCUUCACCCAGCUUGGCGAAAAGGGAUUGCCGGAAACGACUUCGCAUGGCGGUGAUGGUCGUCCUUCAAGCCGUCACUCUGCCCACAGUCUUCGCGAGCUCGCCCAUGGCGAUCAGGCUGCACAAGCGGAAGUCUUCGAGGACCCCGCAACGCGUUACGGGAAUCUCUUUCUUACGAAGGUCGCCCUUUGGAUCACGCUCGCCCAUCUGGUCUUCUUCUCAGCCGCAUUUGCGCUGGUCUACGCGAGCGUCUCCGGCUUCGCGCAAGAGAAAUGCAUCGACAAGCACAACCUCCAAGGCUGGCGCAUCCGCAUGGCUGUCUUUAGCACCGUCUUCCUCGUCGUCGGCUACCUCUUCUGGUUCGCCUUACUUCGGGCGCUCGAUGUCAAGCGUCGUCAGAAGCCAUCGAAGAAGCUGCCUCGCGUUGUCGAUGGUUUAGACAUCGUCGUCUGGCUCUUUUGCGCCCACCUUCACUCUCCCGCCUCCUACACACCUUGGGUCCUCGCCUCGUCGCGCAGGAAGAACCUGCUUCGCUGGGGCAUCUCGUUGGCGGUGUGGCUCGGAUGGGCCGUUGGGUACAUCUGGCUGUACAUCCAGGCGGGCAACGAGUUCUUGAUGCAGGGAAGCAAUCCUUGGCCGUAUGAGCAAAUCUCCGGCGCUUUCAGCGUCCUUGCCCCGCUCUGCCUAGCCGCCCGAGCCUACUUCGAAGCCCGAGACGGCUACGACCACGAGGCCAUCUUCGCCGAAGACCAUCGUGGGACUCGAGUCAGCCACCACGACGGCCACGAAGAGGAGGUUCCGACUUCGUCAGAGUCCGAGCGACACGAAGAGCUCGUCCGCGGUCCAUCGUCUCACGCCGCCAGCUCCGCCAGCGGCAGCCGAAGGUUCUCCGAUGGCUUCAUGUCUGGCGGACUCCGCGCCUCUGCGGACACGUCGUUCCAGCGCGGGUCGACGACGCAUCACCACCGGAUGAGCAGCUCCGACGGCGGCGUCUCGCCUCGCACGCAGCCUAAGCGGCGCGGUCUGAUCGAGGAGACCGCCAGCAUGCCCGACGACGACCAGUACGGCGACCGCUCCCGCGAUCACGACCGCCACCGUCGCGAGAGUCUUGACGACUGGCGCCCCGAGGAGCACGACGAAGAUCAGCCUGGACCGUCGCGCUCGAAGCAUCACGACGAGCAUGGCUCGGCGGUUUCGUCGCACAGGACGGACCGCCGGGAGAAUCGGCCCUCGCGCUCUUCGUCGACGUCGAAGUCGUUGCGUGGGCACAUUGGGGUCGCCAAGGAGUGGCUCAAGCGGGACCAGGAGGGAGGGGUCGGCGAGGACGACGAGGUUCGCGGGCGUAGCGGGUAG